AUAUUACGUCAUCAACACGCGCCGACGCCUGAUCUGAAACAGCGUCCUCGACCUUCCACGCUGCAACAUUAGGAGAUAAAAUCAGGAUUAAAGUCUGAAUUUCAGCCUAAAAUGUGAUUUUUGAUUCCCAGAAGAGGACGUUCAGAGUGUUUAAGUCUUUAACGGCGAACAGAGCAGACAUGUUUCGGUGUACUCUGCUGAUCUGUGGCAGAGGAGUCCCGAAGAGAGUGAGUACAUUUAUUAUUAUUAUUAUUAUUAUUAUUAUUAUUAUUAUUAUUAUUAUUAUUAUUAACCUGCUAAAUUCACCUUUAAUCCGUUCAUAUUUAAUCAGAAUUACAGGAGGAAUAUUUGAUACACGAUAAUGAUAGUCCACUAAAUAACUGUUCUGUUUGUAUUUCAUUGUAUUUUCAGAAAGCUGAAUAUUCUUGAGAACAUUAUAAUAAAAUCUGCAAAAAUAACUAAGAAAGUGAUGACAUAUGUCUGUAACCAGCUGCUUAUGAUGGAUAAGACUUUAUUCAAUAUUACAAAAAGCAGAUAUCCCACUGAUGAGAGAAUUCAUAAUCCUUUAACAACCCCCCUUAUUAUUACUAUUAUUAUUAUCAUUAUAGUUAGUAUUAUUUUUAUUGUUAUUAUUGUUGUUAUGUAUUUGUAUUAUGUAUGAGGUUAUCUGCUUUGUUUUCGUUGUUUCAAAAUGAAAAAUUAAAAGUUAAAAAAAAAAGGAUUUCAUGAUGUCCUGAAAUUAACCAGAUAGAAGAUUAAUUAAGUUUUUUUUAAAAAUGAAUAAUAUUAUGUUUUAAUGUUUUAAGAUCUGAUGUAACCUCUACAGUCGAUGUUUGAGCUCCAGUUAAUCUGGAGUUUAAAGUCAGACUCUGUUUUAACUCCGUAUUCUCGCUCUGCAGUAAGAGAGCUAGUUAUUAUAUAUGUGUGUCACUACAAAUAAAGACACGUGCACAUCUGUCAGCGCUGUUGGACAUCAAUCUUCUGGUAAUUCUGCUGAUUAUUGAUUCGAUCGGCUGACUUUAAACAUCCAGAUCACUUUUCUUAGUCUGUUUCUCAAACUUUUGUCCUCCUCAGUUUUCCUCGGCGUUCAGCGGUGAGAGCGCUCUGCCUCCAAAUCUGCUGCUGCCAACCAACCUCAUAGAUCCUUCCAGAUUAAGUGAGUACAGGGUUGGUGUCUGAUCGUGGUUUUUUUUGGGGGAGGUAUGAAACAGCAACACGUCAAAGACGCCUUCAUUGACUCUUUUCCGGCGUCCUCCUGCAGAACGACCUCCUCCUCCCGCAGACUGCUCUCUGCCUCUCCUGAGAAGAUGUGAUGCCGUCGUGCCGGCUCACCUGAGUCCAGUUCAGACGUGGGUGGAGACCUUGGAGAGCCUGGAUAGUGAGCCGUUAGGUUUGGCUCAGCUCCACCCGGACGUGUUCGCAGUGCCUCCCAGGUAAACCCGGCUUCACUCGAGUUCAUGUUUGUCCGUGUCCAUCAUGAAGGUCCUGAGUGUCUACGGUUUCUGUUGGACCUGAUGUAGAGGGGUCAGUUAGGAGGUAUCAUCAGGGACAAACUCUUCUCUUAAAUCUUUUUAUCCUUUGAAAUUUGUAUCUAGAAUUAAACGAGUUAAAAUGAUUUUGAGAGUCAAAGAGGUUUUUAUUUGGACUCUUGUGAUGUUGUUCUGUAUGUUGGUGUUACGCAGACUCUGCUGUCAUGUCGACAGUUGGUCUAAAACUUUCAUUUUUAACUCUAAUUCGAUGUCUUGAACUGAAAUGAGUGAGUGAAGUCAUAAAUACUGAGCAUGAAUCCUGAUGGAUCAGCUGUUUGUUUUCUCUCCUCUCUCUCAGACUCGACAUCCUCCAUCAAGUUGAAAUCUGGCAGAGAAACUUCAAAAGAAUCGUACGUUGUUGUUUCGAUCAUCUAAUCUCAUGUGUGUCAUUAGACAUCACUCACUGGAGAGUAAAACGCCGCCGCCGUCUGAAUUCUGAAUCACGUCGUUUUUGUAGACUCACUGUCGAGCUCGUCACGAGUCCUCUGGAGCGAAACGGGGAUGAGUUUGUGAUUUCAGACCUAACAGCUGUUUUCAUCCAUCAGAGCCACGCCCACACAAAAGUGAGGUCGGAGGUCAGAGGUGGAGGCAAAAAACCAUGGCAACAAAAAGGCAGCGGCCGAGCACGCCACGGGAGUAUCCGCUCGCCAAUCUGGAGAGGAGGUGAGGAGGUCCUCUGAAACUCUGUGCUCACAGUGGUCCACCAUGACUCUGAUGAAGCUCCUUCAGGUUCUGGUUCUGGUUCAAACUUUUACCUCGAAGCAACAGAAACCGGACCUGUCACUCAGACAGGUUUUCUCCCAGAAUGCUUCACUCUGUGGAUGUAAACCAGCCUGACUGUCUCCAUCUUUUUCAGGUGGAGUCUCUCAUGGACCCAGAGGACCAACCAGUUACUACUACAUGUUACCCCUGAAGGUCCGAGUGCAGGGACUCAAAGUGGCUCUGAGCUCCAAGAUGGCUCAGGUAAGAGACACCAGAAACAGGAAAAUCCAGAUCGACUCAGAUCCAGUCAAGGACCAGUUACCCCCGACCUCCACCUUCAUCCUGAUCGUCUCCUAAAAGGUCGUAUCCUCCGAUCGUAGCUGAUCGUAACCAUUCAAGUUAACGUGUCAAUUUACACCGACUUCUUUCCGUUCCUCUGCGGAUCGCCGGACUCCUCAGCUGAUCACAAGAGUUCUAUUUUUUCUGGACGCCGGAGCAUGGCGGAUAAAUUCAGCACAGAUUAACCCGUGCUGGAAAGGAAGUCGGGCACAGACACAAAAUAAAACAUCCGGCUUCUUUUCAAAAUAAAACACUCGGGAGGAGACGAACAAGUGAAAGGUUUUUAGACGUCAUUUCACCCCGAUGACACCAUGGAUGAGGAGAUGCUGAUUCUAGAAGUCUAGAAGUAGAUUUCCUCCUCUGGAAGGACACAAUCUACUGCUUAUAUGUCUAUGUGUCUGUCUUUAGAGAGACGACUCGUUAUCGAACGAUUGAACGUGAAUCUGCGGGUUCUUGUGAGAUCUCGACAUUACUGCUGUCUGUAAUCCGCCACAAAAUUUGCCUCACAAAUUGAUUCGGUAGGAACUGGCGGACGGCGAAAAUCGGAUGCGGUGGAAAUUGGGGGUAAAACCUCCUGAACCUCCCUGUACUGGAUCAGCCAGGUCCAGGACUGUCUUCAGAGUCUGGACUCGUCAUGGUCUCGUGUAAAUCUGCAUCAGUAAGUGUUGAACCUGCUUUUGUAGGACUACCUUCACAUCGUGGACUCUUUGAACAUCCCCACCCCUGACCCUCAGUACCUGCUGGACCUGAUCCGACAGAGACACUGGGGAGAGUCGGUCCUCAUCGUGGACGUGUGAGUAUCAUCACAGACGCUCCUGAGAACUACCGACCUCUCUCUCCUCGCCCCGCUUGACCUCGCUGUUGCUGUUGUUGUUUUCAGAGGGGCGGAGUUUCCCGACAACAUCCUUCAGGCAACAGCAGACCUGAAGACGGUCAACAUCAUUCCAGCCAUCGGUGAGUGGAAACCACGUCUUAGAUUAAAAAAAGACCUCCUGAAGAAGAGGAUCCGGUUUGUGUUGGUCCAUCAGAUUUAAGAUGUCGGACACUUUCAGAACUUUUCACAGAAGGUUCUUCUGACUGUGUUUGUUUUCUGGUCCAGGUCUGAACGUCCACAGCAUGCUCAAACACGAAGUUCUCGUCCUCACGCUGGAAACCGUCAAGUUUCUGGAGGACAAACUGCUUUGGCACGACGAGCGAUACUCGGCUCUGUACCCGUUCAAACUGCCGUACUCGGAUUUCCCCUGAGGAGCUGAAGGAGGAGGGCGGAGUCAGCAGGCGUGUUUUCUUCUUCAUGUGUUUAUUAUGUAAAAGAAAAAUCAUGAAUAAAUAAAACAGUGACGAGAAAACAA